UCUUCAUUAUUUUCUACUCCCACUCCUCUGUUUUUUCUACCCAAAUCCAAAACACAAACACACACACAAAAACAAACCCCUUUGUUCUGUAUUUCACCACAAACAAUGAUGCAACGUUGUGGUAGCUACCAAUGUUACUCUGCAGGAGAGUGUUCUUGUAAUGGAUUUUACGGGCAACAGGGCACUUACUUCUCUAUGCCCUCCUACAAUAAUUACUACGAAACCGAACAUUACUCUUUCGAAUCUUCCUCUCCAGUUGAUUGUACACUCUCUCUCGGAACGCCCUCUACUCGUAUGACUGAGUACGACGAGAAACGCCGUGAAGAACAACACUCUGCUUCUAAUUUUACUUGGGAUUUACCUCGUACCAAACAUCCUCAUUCCUCCAAAACCACCCGCCGCAGCAGCGCUAAUAUUGGCAGUGAUAAAUCUAAUGCCAAUAAUGGUGACCAAAUGUUCGCUCGUCACUGUGCUAAUUGUGACACUACCACUACCCCUCUCUGGCGUAACGGACCUAGCGGCCCUAAGUCGUUGUGCAAUGCGUGUGGGAUUAGAUACAAGAAGGAAGAAAGAAAAGCAGCAAGUUCAGGGCAACAAGCGAGUUCAUGGCUACAGCAUCAUUCUCAUAGCCAAAAAGCACCGAGAUUCUCACAUGGUAUUGCCAAUGAACUCAAUCCAAGCGUCGCUUUUCUAACAUGGAGUCUCAAUGAUACAGAGCAACCUCAGCUUUAUUAUGAUUUCACAAGUUGAAAAUUAUCAUCCCACGAGAAAAAAGGAAAGAAAAAAAAAAGUUUUUUUUUUUUUUUUGGCAAUGGGAAGAGAUGUGGGAGAGUUUUUUUUUUCUUUUUUUCUUUUAAUUUGUUAUUAAUAUUUACUUUUCUUUUUAUACUGGGGAGAAAAGAAAAAAAGAAGAAGAAGAAGAGAAAAAGAGAAAGAAAGGAAGCAUUAUAAUGUUGUUGAAGGAUUUUUAAAAGAUGGUGAGACGGUUUUAUGGAAAUACUGUCUCCUCUAAAGAAUCCACCUUCAUCAAUUUUUCUUUCUUUCUUCUUUUUUUUUUUUUAAAUUUUCUCUCUUUUUUUUUCUUUUACCCUUUCAGAAUUUUUUGGCUGCUACUUAUUUUUCCAUUAUACGUUAAUGUUUGUGAAAAUCGAAAUAUUAAAAUUUUAUAUAUAUAUUUGUCAUCUCUUUUUCUUUCUC